AUUUUGCUGUGUUGCAGCCGAGCAAAUGUAGUUGCAGCAAACAUAGCCAGCCUUCUUUCUUUCUCUCACUCCGCGGCGGUCUAACACGUUUUUUUUUUUACUUGCUUCGACUUUCUUAUUUCUAGCUAGCGAAAACGCUUUUAUGCAUUACUCCGCCUUCACUUCUCGUAUAUCAGACCAAGAACGACUCGUUGUGGAUAAAAACCAUCAAAUAAACAUUUUACCGACGUUAAUUUAGGAGAAGACGUCUGAAUCCGACGUGACUGUAAACAGUCCACAGCAAGACAACAAGCAAGGGCAUGCAGAAGGGAGGUCAGUAAGGAGGAUGACAACAACAGAAGAAUAGACAACGGCGAAAGAGGGAUGAGAAAGAGGCCGAAAUAAAGGAAGUGGAACUCCAAAGUGCCUACUGCGAGGAGUUGUCUGCUGCUGUUUACUACUGGAUGAGAGCAAGACGGGGCUCAGUGUGUGCCUGGCCUUGAAUGGAGGCUAUAUUUUAUCCUGACAGCCACAGAGUCAUCCAUCCCACGUUGCUAAGCUGCAGUCCCCACAUACCCAGAGCUGAGCCGCCACCUCGUCUCAUCACUGCAAGGACACCAUCCCUAUAAAGAUUCUGCUUUUCUUUUUGUUGUAUAGAAAUCUUCUUUCUAAGGCCGUUUAAACAUAACUGCAGUGAUUGCCACAGCCCCCGGCCAUGUUGACGUGAACGUAACGGUGACAUACUGUGGCCGUCGAUUCAGGUGAAGGCACAGACGCUGUGUCACAUGUCAGAGUGAAAUCCUAUGUGUAGUUGCUGUUUUUUGUUAUUUUUUCCCGCCUUUGAAACAGAGCUGGCCUCUACCCACAGUCUAUCCCUCUAUCUCAAACUUCACCUGCCACUUUUCCCAAGAAGAACAAAUAAACAUCCACUAAAAUACACCAACCGAAAGGACACGCUGCCUAUUUGCGCUGAAGAAAAUAUUUUUGCUUCUGUUUCUGUUUUUUGGGGGAUUUCUUUUCCUUGCAUCACUAUUAGUCACCCUUGCUCUCAUCAGUUUUCCGUCCAUCUGCGCUCACCGCUGCUCAGUGAUUUUGAGCAAGUUUGAUGGCUGUCAGCAUGACCAUGGGACGGGACACCAAAUGGCUGACCCUGGAAGUGUGUCGUGAGUUUCAGAGAGGCACCUGCUCAAGGUCUGAUGCCGAGUGCAAGUUUGCUCACCCCUCCCGAAGCUGCCAUGUGGAGAAUGGCCGAGUCAUCGCCUGCUUUGACUCACUCAAGGGGCGCUGCUCCCGUGAGAACUGUAAAUACCUGCACCCACCGCCACACCUGAAAACCCAGCUGGAGAUUAACGGGAGGAACAACCUGAUCCAGCAGAAGGCCGCAGCAUCCAUGUUGGCUCAACAGAUGCAGUUCAUGCUGCCCGGAGCACAGUUGCAGCCCAUAACAACAUUCCCAAUGACACCCUCCCUGGCCACAUGUCCCAGUAUGGCGUUCAGUCCAUAUCUGAGCCACAUGGGCCCAGGCAUGGGCUUAAUGUCUGAGCUGCUGCCCAAUACUCCCCUGCUGGUCCAUGGGAGUCCCACCGGCCUGGCAGCUAUGGGCAACGGUACCUCUGCACAAAAACAUAUGCGCACAGACAAGCUGGAGGUUUGUCGAGAAUUCCAGCGAGGUAACUGCACACGCGGCGAGAGCGACUGCCGCUACGCUCACCCUCUAGAGGCCGGCAUGGUGGACUGCAGUGAGAACUCAGUCAUCGUCUGCAUGGACUACAUUAAAGGUCGCUGCAGCCGAGACAAGUGCAAGUACUUCCACCCCCCGGCUCACCUCCAGGCCCGGAUCAAGGCUGCACAGCACCAAGCCAGUCACAACACAGCGUCCACAGGCUUGGCUCUACCUCCAGGUUCCAUGCAGCCGCUACCAAAAAGGUCGAUCUUAGAGAAGAGCAACGGAGCCGCUGCCACCGUCUUCAACCCCAGCAUGUUCCACUACCAGCAAGCCCUGGCUAACAUGCAGCUCCAGCAGACAGCCUUCAUCCCCAGUGGCUCUGUUCUGUGCAUGAUGCCCUCAGGUGAAAUUGUUCCCAUGAUGCACGGUGCCACCACCUCCACUGUUUCGUCGGCUUCGACGCCAGUCACCAAUGUUCCUUUCGCUGAAUCUGCCGCCUCAAAUCAGACCCCUCCGAGCUUCUGACUCCUGAUCCAGUGGAGCUCCAGUGCGUUCCCAUGGAAACCCAUUAUUGUCCUGUCCCUAAACUGCUGGUGGCAGCUCCUGUGGCACUUAACUCAGUAAGCCUUUCCCGAAACUCCAGUUAAAGUCCCUGUAACCUGCGCACUACCAGGGCGGUCAUCUUUUCUGAAUGCAGCAAACAUGUGCCUCACCUACAGUGCACACUAACUAAGUGUGAAACUUCUUAUAAGAUAUUAUGAACGUAAAAAAAAGCUGGUUCACGCAAUACAAGCCUGGAUGUUUUCCUGUUGCUUUAAAGCAGCCAUCUUGAUGCACACUGACUUGAUCAGGCUGAGCAACAGAGCUCCCUUGUUCUUACGGCCAUACAUGCCCACACCUUAAAAGUGCAGCAGACAUGUGCACGCACACACACACACACACACACACACACACACACACACACACACACAUUUAAGACUACAUGUCCUUAAUAGGUUGGAGCCAUCACAUGAGGCAACUGAACACUUUUGACUGUUCCAAAGUUAGAAACUCUGAAAAGCUAAUACUGGAAACUGAGACCAUUUGAGCGACGAACUGAUCUGUUGCUGGUCUGCAACCAGUAUGUGUUGUCAAAAUAGUGUGUCAUAUUAUGUCAUGUUUACUUUUAAAAAUGGCUACAAAUGUAACAUUUGUGUUGUGCCAUAUAUACCAUUCAGUUUGUUCUCAUGGUCAUCAGGCAAGAUGAGCCUGAGGAAACGCCAACAAGUUGUUCAUUUGUUUGUGCCUUUUAUUUAUCUGCUCAGCUGCAGAAGAGACUUAGUUUCCCAAAAUAAUU